GACCGAAACCAAUAUCUCCUGACAACCUCAUCUACGUGCACUGUGCGUCCGCUCGGGAAAGACGGCGGUUCGCAUACCAUGUACUCGGUUUUCAUCCAUUGCUCAGCUUUCUACCGCCGGGCCCACAAACUCAAGAAGCGCAUCCCGCUACUAAACCAGCUGCACCUCAACUUUAUCUUCCUCCAUUAUACUUACAUCAUCACCUGGGCGCUCAUCGGCUCCGUCAUCGUUUUCCCCAGUGGCGGCAUCGCCUAUAUCGAUGCCCUUUCCCUGUCGGUCAGCUCCGCCACUCAGAGCGGCCUGAACACUGUCAACCUGAAUGAACUGCACCUCUACCAGCAAAUCGUGUUUUACAUCAUUACAAUCAUCUGCACUCCGAUUUUUAUCCACAGUGCGCUAGUUUUCAUUCGGUUGUAUUGGUUCGAAAAGCGGUUCCAGCGAGUGGUCCGAGAUGCCCGUGCCUUACGUACUACCCGCUCUCGCAUAGAGACUGUCAGGCAAGACAACGACAGCGAAGGGAUCCAUCGCGCAGAGCUGGGAGUCGGCGGUCGCUCAAUCGCGGUCCUGCGCAACAAUACUGGCGAUGCGCGAGGUAUCAAACUCUACGAUCUCAGAGGUAAAAUUGCCGGCGAUGCACAGUUCGAGACCAAGGCCUCCGAUAGGCGCGAGAAGAGUGGCCAAUCGAGUCUCGACGAUCUCCAGAACGACCGGAUAGAACAUCGAUUCGGAUUGGGCAGCUUGAGGUUACCGAUGCAGCUCAAUCCGGAGCAACACAUCGCUUUCUUGGAAGCCCAGCGGAAGAACGAAGGUGCUCUGCGCAUUCCCAGCCCUCGCGAAUACGACCGCGGCGGUGUCCCGGAAACAUUGGACAGGGAGGGAGACGAGGUGAAUAAAUCGGUUCAGCCAUCGAGACCGCAAUCCGACCGCCGGCAAUGUCCUACGUAUCCAGACGAAAUCGAUCAGGUUGGCCCCGUUGAAGGGCCACACAUCGCCAUCAACGAGCCUGAUAUAACACAGGCAAACACUCGCGGAAAUACGUCCCUGCACUUAAAUACGAGGCCGAUUGUCCGAGAUACCACGCCUGUGAACGAGGCGACCGGCGGAUUGGGUCCAUCGGGCAGGCGGAACAUCGCUCAGGGCAUAUGGCGGUCGCUGACUAAGGAGAAAGAUCAUUCGACUCUGCCAUAUCUCGGUUGGAACGCAACUGUGGCUCGAAACUCCAACUUCAUUGAUCUGACCGAGGAGCAACGUGAUGAGCUUGGUGGCAUUGAAUACCGCGCGCUCAAAACCCUAACGGUCGUACUGAUCUCCUACUAUAUUGGGUUCCACAUUGUCGGCAUGGUCAGUUUGGUCGGUUGGAUCAUGACUCAAGACCGAUGGGGCAAUAUAGUCAAGGAAGAUGGAGUUGGUAGACCCUGGUGGGGAAUCUUCACCUCUGCCUCUGCCUUUACCGAUAUGGGUUUUACCCUGACACCGGACUCGAUGAUCUCCUUCCAGAAGGCCGUCUUUCCUUUGCUGCUUAUGGCGUUUUUGAUCAUUAUCGGCAACACGGGAUUUCCGUGCAUGCUUCGGCUAAUCAUUUGGACUCUUACGAAAUUUGCUCGACCGGGAACGGCUCUUUGGGAAGAGCUCAAGUUCCUUCUUGAUCAUCCUCGUCGUUGCUUUACUCUUCUCUUCCCUCGAAAUGCCACCUGGUGGUUAUUUGCGAUUCUUUUAGCGCUGAACGGCAUUGAUUUGAUCUUUUUUAUUAUAUUGGAUUUAAAUAACCCGAUAGUGACUUCACUACCACCUGGUAUCCGUGUCCUUGAUGGCUUUUUCCAGGCUGUUUCUACUCGUACUGGUGGUUUCGCGGUUGUGAGUCUGUCGCAACUUCAUCCUGCCGUUCAAGUUUCGUACUUGAUCAUGAUGUAUAUCUCGGUUUUCCCCAUUGCUAUCUCCAUGCGCCGCACCAACGUGUACGAAGAGCAGAAUUUGGGUGUUUCCAGCUACAGCCAAGAGGAUGACGAAAAUGAUGGCCAGACAGCGCCGAGCUAUAUCGGAGCUCACUUGCAGCGCCAGCUGGGUUUUGACCUAUGGUAUAUGUUCUUAGGACUGUUUCUCAUCGCCAUCGCGGAAAAUGAUCGUUUGGACGCCGCCGAUGAUUAUAGCUUCCAGCUCUUUACCGUCCUGUUUGAGGUAGUUUCGGCCUACAGUACUGUCGGUCUAUCGUUAGGGUACCCCGGUGUUGACACGUCUUUCUCCAGUCAGUUCAACAUAAUUUCCAAGUUGGUGAUUAUCGCUUUGGAAAUUCGUGGCCGCCACCGUGGUCUGCCUCACACUGUUGACCGUGCCGUUCUCUUGCCGUCUGACGCGCUCAAAAAGCAUGAUACUACUGAUUUGGAACGCCGUGUGCGCCGGCGCGCCUCGAACCUCAGCGGCGGCGAGUCCAUAGGUUGCCGACAGUCGCGGACAUUGUCUCAGGUGCGGGCAGAUGCUGGUGUGUCCGGCUUGUCUACAGGCAUGGAGAAUUGA